AUGACCUUCCAGCCGCCCGACAGUUGCAAGCGCAGCGGCAAGCAGCGGCCGUUCGCUUUCUUUCCCUCCAGGGUACUCACCCUUCGGGCUGCUCUGACGGACGGGGGCGGCCGGCGCGGGCACAGCUACAGGGGUGCGGAGGAGGGCGGCGCUGGUAGCGGCACCACGGGUCGCAGCUCACAGGCAGUGCGUCCCCAGCCUCUUCCCUCCGGCCGGCUCUCCACCGCCCCACACGAAGGUUCCGCCCGCCGACACAGCCCGGCCCAAGCCUCAUCCGCCCACUCCUGGGCCUCCUCGGCCUUCCCGCCGGCAUGGCGCCUGGACGUGCACGGCACCGAGCUUCCCAGGAAACACACUGAGCCCUCCGGGAAGCAGCAACCGGACCCGGCAGGCCCUGAGGGCAGCAGGUGGCCCACACUCGCCGUCUCUGCCCCGCGGCCGGCGUGGCUGCAGGGGGCAGUAGGUGCUCGCCCAGGACGGUCGCAGCCGCUGCAGCCCCCACGCUACGGGGCGACUGGCCUGGGGAAGGAGGCGGGGAGGCCCCAUCCUCUCGCCCGGGAAUGCCACGAGGGCGUAGAGAGCGGCAAGGGGCCCGGCUCCUAUUCCCCCAGGGCCUCAGUGGACGCGGGCGAUCUCCCGAGGGGCGGCGCAGUAGCGGUAGGGAGAGGCAGGAGGCACAAACCUGCCCCGCUGCGCUCCGCCAGGCCUGGUCGAGCCCGACCCGGUCACUUCCGCCCGCGGGGGGGAGGGGCUGCCGUGAGCGCAGCGGGACGCCCACCUCGGGACGACGGGACGACCAUUCGCAGGGGACUACUUUCUGGCAGUGGCGGAGGUGGUGGAGGGGGUGUGGCUUCGCUGCGCUGCGCUGUCUUCCCUCUCGGAAGCUGCAGCCAUGAUGGGAGUCUAGCGCUGGCGCGGCGCAGGCCAGGGGGGUAUGAGCCAGGCCGUACUGCCGGCCCGCACGCCCUGAGGAGCCAACACCUCGGCUGCCGCCGCCCCGCCGCCUCGGAGGAGCCCCCCGCCCACCCUCCCGGCGGCGCGGCCCCACCGCGCGGCUCCGGGCCCGCUGCCGCUACCGCCGCCGCCGCCCCGGGCGGAGAGCGGAGCGGGGCGGAGCGGGGUCGGGCCGGGGGGGCGCCCCGAGCCGCUGUCACCAUUGCUGGAGCCCGGAGCGCCGGAGAGUUGCUCUCUCCGUCUCCGCCUCGUUCGCCUCAAAGACGGCGGCGGCGGCGGCACCCUCAGGGACUCGGCCCGGCUCCGGACCCUCUGUGCUCGGCCGCCGCCGCCGCUGCUGCUGCUGCUCCCGCCCCGCUCGGCGCAGCGGCGGCAGGAGGAGGAGGAGGAGGAGGGGGCAGCCGCCGCCGCCGGGAGCCGUCGCUGCCGCCGCCGCGGGAGGCGGGCUCGCCUGGGGCUGAGCCGCCGGCGCAGCAGGCCCCCGUCCCGGGGCCGCCCGGCGGCCGCUGGCCCGCCGCCGCCACCUCCCGGUCCCGCGCCCUGCCACCGCCUGGCUCCUGCGCGCUGUCCCGGAGCGGCCCCCGGCUGCCAGACAUGACCGCCAUCAUCAAAGAGAUCGUCAGCAGGAACAAAAGGCGAUACCAGGAGGAUGGCUUCGACCUGGACCUGACCUAUAUUUAUCCAAACAUUAUUGCAAUGGGAUUUCCUGCAGAGAGGCUUGAAGGGGUGUACCGGAACAACAUUGAUGAUGUUGUCAGGUUUUUGGAUUCAAAGCAUAAAAACCAUUACAAGAUAUACAAUCUAUGUGCUGAAAGACAUUACGAUACCGCCAAAUUUAACUGCAGAGUUGCACAGUACCCUUUUGAAGACCAUAACCCACCACAGCUAGAGCUUAUCAAACCUUUUUGUGAAGAUCUUGACCAAUGGCUAAGUGAAGAUGACAAUCAUGUUGCAGCAAUCCACUGUAAGGCUGGAAAGGGACGAACUGGUGUAAUGAUCUGUGCAUAUUUGUUGCAUCGAGGCAAGUUUUUAAAGGCUCAAGAAGCCCUAGAUUUCUAUGGGGAAGUGAGGACCAGAGACAAGAAGGGAGUGACAAUUCCCAGUCAGAGACGCUAUGUAUACUAUUAUAGCUACCUGUUAAAGAAUCACCUGGAUUACAGACCAGUGGCACUGCUGUUCCACAAGAUGAUGUUUGAAACAAUUCCCAUGUUCAGCAGCGGAACUUGCAAUCCUCAGUUUGUGGUGUACCAGCUGAAGGUUAAAAUCUUCACCUCCCCUUCAGGACCCUCCAGACGUGAAGACAAGUAUAUGUACUUUGAGUUCCCUCAGCCUCUGCCUGUCUGCGGUGACAUCAAAGUGGAAUUCUUCCACAAACAGAACAAGAUGUUGAAAAAGGACAAAAUGUUUCACUUUUGGGUAAACACAUUCUUCAUAGGACUGGAUGAAAAUUCAGACAAAGUAGAGAAUGGAAGCCUAGUUGCAGAUCAGGAACUGGAUGGAAUUUUCAGCACUGAGCGCUCCGAUAAUGAUAAGGAAUAUUUAAUCCUCACCUUGACAAAAAACGAUCUAGACAAAGCAAAUAAAGACAAAGCCAACAGAUACUUCUCUCCAAACUUCAAGGUGAAGCUGUUUUUCACAAAGACAGUAGAAGAGCCAUCAAACCCAGAGGCCAGCAGUUCCACUUCGGUAACCCCAGAUGUUAGUGACAAUGAACCUGAUCAUUAUAGAUACUCUGACACCACUGACUCUGAUCCAGAGAACGAACCUUUUGAUGAAGAUCAGCAUACACAGAUUACAAAAGUCUGAAUAUUUUUUUUAUCUGAGAUAAAAAAAAGAGACCAGAAACAAAAACAAAAACGCGCAGAGGAAACCAGAACGAAACAAAACCCAACCACGAAGAGUGACAAACUUGAAUGAACUGAAGCAAGGACCUUUUAAUUUUUUUCCCUUUUUUUCCAAUGGCAGAAGGACAAUAGUGUCAGAUUUACCAUUUCUAGGAACAGUUCUUUCCUGACCAAUCUUCUUGGGUUUGGUUGUGGGGUGUUUUUUUUGCCCUCUAAAUCUAUGGGGUUCGAGAUGCCGCUCAUCCGGUCGGCAAACAGAGGAGGAGAAAAAAGGUUCCUUAGGUCUGAUAUUGUGUAUAUACCUUUUUGUGUCAAAAGGACAUUAAGAAGAACUUCAAUUAGGAACUAUUAAAACCAUGGCACUUUCCCAUUUUAUUCCAGUUUUAUAAAAGUGGAGACAGACCUAAAUGUGUAUCUGUAGGAUGUUUUUUUUUCUUCCUUUUUUCCUUGUGUUCUGUCACCAAACGAAGUUUUUUAUCCAGAAGAUCCAGGUUCACAUCCUGCCCUCCCCACCACCCCCUUUUUUUUUAUUGCACUCGUGUGGCAACAGAAAAAAAAAACAACAAACAAACAAAAAAAAAGUGUGCAGUUGGCUAAGAGAUGUUUCUAGAAGGUUUUUUGCUCAAUUCUAAUGCAUGUGUGUUCAGAUGGGGGAUGGAAGGUGAUGCUUGGAAAGGAAUAGAGCCCCUGCUGGAGCUUGGCCCGCGUACCAUAAAUCCUUUCUUCAGCAUGCUACCCUAAUUCAUCCUUGGACAGUUAAGAGUCGCCUCUGUCACUGCUUGUUGGUUUGUGGUGUUUGUUUUUUUUCUUUUUGGUUAAUUUUCAGUGUAAUGGUGCUAGAAAAGGCAGCUAGAAGGAGUGAUGAUGUAGGGGUACAGGAACGAGCCUUGGUGUUAUCCUAAAGACCUGCAAAUGAAGGGAGAAACAUUCUUGGUGGGGAGGGCUCACAGAAAGAAAACACAGCAACAAUGACUUAACCAUACAAAUGUGGAGGCUAUCAAGUAAAAACCAGGCUUGGAACCAGUCAUUACCAAAACCAGACAAUGGCUUUUUUUUUCCUUCAUCAGUUGGGUUUAAUUUGCUCUCCAAGUUGUUAUGGCUGCUCCAUCUCCUGUGUAAUUGAGGCCAGUGCUGUUCGCACGUACAUCAGUUGACAUCUUACACUUAGACUGCUUAGGGGUUUCUUUCACUCAUCCUCCUGCUGUGAGCACUUCAUCUGCUGCCUUGCAAGCUUUUUAUUGGGUUGUUUGGUUUUUUAACCUUCCUCCUCCUGGUUGAUAAGAAAACAUCUUGUAAUGGUGCACAGGAACUUUUAGUUGGAGGUGCUCCAGGUCAAGUGUUUGGCUGUUUACUGAUGCAUUUCUUCAAUCAAACCUCUUGUCAGCCCUUCCACCGCCCCUUGGAACCUUACACACUCUAUUCCAGUGAGGUCGUUUGUCUUUGUUUUUGCAGUUUUGCACACUUUGGAAAAUGAAAGAAAUGUCAUUAACUGUUAGGGAGUUUUACUUGAAUGCUCAGUACCUAGCAUGUUUAAAAGCCCCAGGCAUCAAGCAGGCUGGAGAGGAAGCCAGCACUGCAGUCAGCUCUCGAAGAUGUGUAAUUUGAAAAGGCAAAGCUUGUCCCAAAUCUGUUGUUUGCUGUUAAAAAUCCUCCUCAACCGGUCAGAUAUCUAAACUGGCAGUGUUGUGUUGUUUGUUCAGAGGGCUCUAGCCAAGAGAUCUGGUCUAUAAUUGACAUGCCCAGACUGCAGAUGACUUCAGAGUACAGCUCUUGCUGCCUAGCAGUAUGAAGGAGCUGACAAGAGUGUUCUCUAAGCUGUGCUGUGAGUAGCUGUCCCCAGAUGAAGACUUUCAGGAUGUAAUAGAUAGACACCACCCCACUCCACCCCACUUUUUAAUUCACUUGUUGGUGCUGACAUUGAAGUUCAGGAGCUGUGUUCUCACUUUGGUGUGGGAUCUGUAAGGGCCCUGUCCAACAGCAUUAAUGGUAAGGAUAUGAAGGAGCCCAGGCAGGACUUGCAACAGUUCCUGUUGGUGAACAAAGGAAUAAAGUGCUUUUUUGGUUUGGGUUUUUCUUUGCCUCCCCAGCACGGUUUUGCUCCUCAGAUUCACAAUUCUAAAUCCUAACCAAGCUGAUCAAAUAUUUCCUGACUUUAGAGGGUUUAAUUAGACUUUGAAUAGCUUAAUGGAUAAAGAUAGCUGGUUCCCAGCACACCUUAUCCCCACUGUUAUCGAUGAGUUACCCUUGGGAUGCAACAUUUUAACUCUCACCCUGCCAAUCACCUUUCACCUCCUCUUGGUUAUUUUGUUGGGUUGGUUUGGGUUUCGGUUUUGGGGUGGUUUUUUUUUUUUUUAAACAUUUGGAAAAGUUGUGUUGGCUAAUAAACAAACAAAAAACCCCAAACAAACAAAAACAGUUUGAUGCUUUAGAAGUAUUUGGGAUAUUGACAUUUUGGCUGAUAACAGCUGGGGUUGGUGUGGUUCCGGUCAGGCUGAGGGGCCGGAAUUCCUGAUGGGUUUUUGCACUGCUGUGUUUUUUUUGUUCUUUUGGAAAUGUGAAGGCUGGAAUGAGGGUUUGUAUUUCUUUCCUUUUUAAUGUUUCAAUGUCUUUUUUUUUUUUUUUUUUUUUUAAGCCUUGCUUACAUUUUUAUGGUGUAGUCAUUGGAAAUGGAAAAAUGGCAUUAUAUAUAUAUAUUAUAUAUAUAAAUAUAUAUUAUACAUACUCUCCUAUACUUUUAUUUCAGUUACCACCCCACCCCCCCCAUUAGAAGUUGACAGGAAUUACUAUGACUGAAAAAGUUUUGAGUCCUUAUUCCGACUUUAUUUAUGACAGUAUUCAUCAUUAGCUUGGACUUGCGUUUUGUAGGUAAUCUUUCCUUGAGUUUCCAGGCUCUAUGCUUAAAAAAAAAAAAAAAGAACUUACAUGUCUGAGACUUACUUGAAGGCAUCACUUUGGGAAGAGCUUACUGUUCAGGCCCUGGAAAAGCAUCUGGUCAUGGAUAGCCCUGCUCAAAAGAUUGGCCACAGCUCUUUAAAAGGGCAAGUUGUAAAGCAUCAUCUGGAUUCCUUCUUUGCGGCACAUAUUGGGAACUGGAGUUCACAUGCAGCAUCAAGCAGGUCAGCUUUGGAAACAACUUCCUCCCCUCCCCGCCAAAAAACAACCCAAAGUCCCCCAAAACCAAAAAAAAAGGGGGAGAAAGAAAGUCCAAAAAAGCAGGAUGCUAGUGUACAGGUUCCAUGUUUAGUCAGAGCUAAGGUGUGCAAUAUGCUGAGGAUGCCUGUGGUUGCCACAAAGUGCCUCGUUGACCUUCUCAAUACUGUUGGACAGCGUCCUGCAUGCAGGUGGAUGGGGUGGGACUGUGCACUACAAAGGGGCUCCAACUGCAGCAUUGUGGCAGAGCCUUGCCUCACUCUGCCUCUUCCAAUUUUCAGUCUGUUGUUUUCAUUAUAGCAUAUAUAUAUAUAUAUAUAUAGAUAACUAUUUAAAAAAAAAAGAAAAAAAGGAAAAAAGAAAAAAAGGGGGGAAGGGGAAAAAAGGGGGGGGAAGAAAAUAAUAACAAAAUAAUUAAAAAAAUCAGUCUGUUAAGCAGCCUUACUCUGAUUCAGCCUCUUCAAAUACUCUUGUGCUGUGCAACAGUGGCUCUGUGUGUAAUGCUAUGCACUGAGAAAUACACAAACCCCAAGUAUGACAUGUACAGGAUAAUGCCUCAUACCAAUCAGAUGUCCGUUUGUUAUUGUGUUUAACAACCCUUUAUCUCUUAGUGUUAAAAACUCCACUUAAAAAACUGAUUAAAGUCUCAUUCUUGUCA